UUAUACAUGAACAUGUUAUAUCUAUAAUAUAAUUGUCCUCUUAUAAUUUAAUCAUAAUUUAAUAUAUAAAUGUCACUGCUAAUCAGAUAGCCUCAGAAUUACUUUAAAAUGGUAAACCCAGAAGGAAAAUCAAGAGGGAAAAAAACAUAAGAAACAAAAACAAUAAAUGCCAUAUAUUCCACUAUAACUUUCUAAUAAAUGAAUUCAUCACCAGCCCAAAAGAAAUGAAGAAUGGGAAAGUGGCUGGGUACAACAAAAUUGCAAUAGAACAAAUUAACUGGGCCAGGAGUGAGACAAUGAAUCAUUAUGGGAUGUCAUAGGCCAACGCCUACAUAUAAGUUACACCUUCUAGGAGGCGUAGCUCUACCUGAAAUUAGAAGACAAGUGACCAACGAUAUAGAAAAAACCAAACAGAUAAAUGACGAAAGACAUUCUAUGUUCAAAAAUAAAAUCACGAGCAUAAGACUUAAAUCUCAAAAAUGUUUCAUACAAACAGCAAAAGAACUGCACGAACCCCCACAAAAAGCUAAACUGCAAAGGUGGCAAAAUGGAAUGCUACAACUGGAAGAACUGAUUCAGACUUCACAACAACUUCCAUUGGGUGGAUAUCUUCCAUGAUCACUAUGGAAAACUCUCAACAGAUUGAAAGCCGGAGUGGCGAGAACUAAAGCUAACAUAGUAGAAAGAGGCUUUAAUGGAGAAGAUGACACAUACAACUGUGGAGAAUGAUAGACUGAUAAACACAUUUUGUCAUGCACAAUGAGUCCAGCAUAAUGCACCAAAAAUGAUCUGAUUUUGAUAAACCCAAAUUCACUAGAGGUGGCUGCUUACUGGUCACAACACAACAUAUAGAAUGUUACCAAAAAAAUGUUAUUUUAUUAGACGUACCAAAUUUAUUUAUUUAUUUUUUAUUAUCUAAGUAUU